ACGUUCCUAAAUUUGGACUCGUCCCACAGAGAGCUUGUUGCUGCAUUGUCAUGAUGGUGUAUUGUAUUACCAGUGAAAUACCAACACCACUAUAUAUAUCAUGACAGCCUGUUCAUGCAGCACUACAGGACUUCACGCAGACAGAAAUGACACAAGACACAACGCAAGCUGUAUUGCUGUUCUCUGUGACCAAUGCAUACCUGAGGUGUACGUUGAGACAUUUCACAACCGACGUAGAGGUAGCUGUGAAUAGUUUCCAAGUGAAUUGAGAACAAACGCAACUUGUAAUAGAUACGACAGCACACAUCCGUGAGCGCUCACAGCCAGUGUGGACGUUCAAAGCAGACGACCCCGUACGUAACGGGCGAUAAUAUAUACAGCGUUAAAAUACAAGAAAUUAGUCAGAAACAGUGAGCAGAAUCAACUGAAUAGGUACCGCUUGUGUCCUGAACACAGACUUCUGGAACAGACGACAGUGCAGGGCAGACGACAACUGAAUGAGACAGCAGUCCGUGUGAGUUGAGGAAUUACUCACGUAAUCCUGUGACAAUGAAGCCAGCCCUUGUAAGGAUGCGAAGUGUUACUAGUGACCAUGUGAAUGACAUAGAGGAUGUGAUCGAACUUAUAGAGACAGCAGAAAACCUAAAUGUGUCUCUGGAAGGCUGCACAUCCCCAGAAGACAUGAAGGUCCGCAUAAUUAGUGGGAUGAAGAGGAAAACUAAAAGAAACACACACAGUCUUUGGAAUGACGAAAGACUGGAAAAAAUGAGAGCCGAAAAUGAACAAAAACGAGAGGCCCUUAUAAAUAUCAUCAACUGCGUGUCAAACAGCCUGUGCGAUAGUCUGAACCAUCUGAACAACAUCUUCAGACAAGAAGGUUCAGAUACUGACUUGUCCCAGCACUUCCUCAAGCGAAUGCGUGAUUUACGCAGUGGGGUGUGCAACGUCCUUAUUGCCGGACAAACCAACGCGGGGAAGAGCACCCUGCUGAACCUCCUCCUGGGGAUAGACAUCCUGCCGAAGAGCAUCCUGAGCUGUACAUCCAGCAUCUGCAAACUGAGGUACUCCACCACCUACCAGGUGGUAGUCGUCCACGGUGACGGUAGACAAGAACAGAGGAGCUUCGAGAACCACCACGCGACCAGAGCCUUCCUGGAUGGAACCGUGGCCGUUCAACAGGAGGAGGCAAGAGAAGCUGGGUCGUCCUUCCAGGAAGUCCAUGUCCUUCUGCCAGCUGAUAUUCUCAAGUGUGGUGUUACCAUCAUCGACAGUCCUGGGUUUGGGGAGAACGAGGCCAUGGACACGGUGGUGCGAAACUUUGUUUCAACCAAUCACGUCGCAGCUUUCAUCUACAUCAUCAAAACAGACAGCAGUGGCGGGAUUCAAGAGGACCGGUUAAUACGGUUCCUCAAAAGCGUCCUCUACAUAAAAAAUGACCACCAAGAUGAGAGUCACUACUUCAAUCCGAAAGCAGCCAUGUUUGUCUGUAACCGUUGGGACCUCAUUGACGAUGAGGAUAAAGCCAAGGUCAAGGAAAACGCUCUCAACAAGCUCCGAGGCGUUUGGCCAAAACUCGAAGACAAACAAGUUUGUUUCUCUUCCUCUAAGUCCCCGGACAGUGACCAGUUGAAUACACUGUUACAAGGUUUGGAUGAGCUGUUUCAGCUGGCCAAACAGGUUGACAUCACAAACUCUUAUUGUUGGUUGAAACACAUCGUGAAGGAAUGUGCAUUCUACUUGAGAGCAAUCGUCACACAAACCAACCAAACAGAGAGAGAUCUGCGGAGUACUUUGGGUCACGCCACUGAAAAACUUGGCACUCUUCAAUCUGAAGCUGACAGUAUUGUUGCAAGCCUGAAAGAAGAACUCCAGAGAGACCCUCAGAUAUUUUCCGGUAAGCUGAGGAAAUACUUGGAAUCACAAGAGAUGAAGAGGCACCUUAACGCCUCACAGUGGGACGUUGAGGAUCUUCCUGGCCUUCAGGCCUCCAGAGAAGAUGCUUCCAAUAAGACGAUACAAAGAGAGAGAGAUGCUGUCAUCAUUCAGAGGAUUAUUGACAUCCUUGACGAAUCUGAUUUAACCCAGGACUUUGUGUCAGACUUUGUGGAAAAGAUGAGGUCGAAAUUAUAUGAAAAGAUGAGCGCUCUUGGAGAGAAAAUGGAGAGUAUAACCAACGAGCUGAAGGAUUCAACUCAGUCACAUGCCUCUGUUAGUUCUUAUGACUUUGGUUUUGAGGAUUCGAACACAGAGACAUUCAGAAUACUACUCGCAAGACGCCUCAGUAGUUCGUUUACUGAGAGAGUAAGGACAUUUGUCGAAACAGAGCCAUCGAGUGCAGUGCCCCUUGUAGACUUUUCCAAAGCCAUUGUAAGAACAGUAGUUGAUGCAAUAGAUAACAUUGAUCGUUUAGUGCACAGGUCAAACAAUUCAAGACGAGGGUCACUUUUAAAAGAUUCUGAUCCAAUGACAUGGAUGUCAAAAAGGGCAAAAAAGAUUGCGAAAAACAUCGCAAAAGAUGACACGAUUACAAUGAGACUGAUAAGCAGAUACACAGGGAGGAUUGUGAAAGAAAUAGACAGGGUCGCGCUCCAUGUUCCAAAGUUUGUGAAAAACAUUGAAGCACUGAUUGUCGAGAUCACCGAUCUUGGUUCGAGAACUCAGCUCACGAAGAACGACCUUCAGAAGACAAUGGAGGAUCUGGAAAUGCAGAAGGAACGUGUGAGGGGAUUUGGUUACAUGUACGUCAAAGAAAUCAUGCCAGAUGACAUUAUGAUGCAGUUUGAUGACCCUAGAAUCCGCAAUUCUACGACAGUAAAAGUGGACUUCGGCGACAGCCGAGAUGGAGAUGAAAAGCCGGUGUUCGUGUCACAGGUGUUGUGGUCACGAUUUCAGAAGGGCACUCUUUCUAUAGAUGAUACUUCCGAGUCCAUCACCACUAAAUACUAUAUCCAACAGCCUGCAGAUGAUAACCUCUUCAGGGAGAUCGCAAAGCUUAGAUGCCUGGACAGCAGUUCAUCAAUUGCCACAUUCAUUGGAAUGACUCGUGUUGAGUCUCUGGCUGCCUUCAUCUUUCUUGACACCCUCUCUCCAGCAAAAACAUACCUGACAAGGCCAAUCACAGACACCGGGUGCCCCUACAAACUGAAGGAUGUUGUUCCCAUGCUGCUGAAUGGCAUUGUCGAGGGACUUGAGAACAUCCAUGCGAAUGGACUGGUGCACAUGGAACUCAGCGCUGACACAGUCAUGGUGAAUUCCUCUGGAGAUGUUAAACUAAGCAACAUGUGCCUACCACGUCAAGCUAAGUUCCCGGAGGAUCGAGACGUUAUACAAGCUGGUGACUUCACCUGCCUGAGCCCGGAGGUCCUCCGUGGAGAGCUGUACACCAAGGAAGCAGAUGUGUACAGUUUCGGCCUGUUGAUCUACGAAAUCAUGCAACCAAACAGACCAUACAAGACUCAGCGAUCGAUGUCCUUGGCAGACUUCAUCGAGCAGUUAAAUCCAGCCACCAUGUUAGUGAUGCCUGAUCGAGAUACGUCAAAGGCUCUCUUUGAGCUGAUGUACGGGUGUGUCGUUGUGGGUGCCAAUGAAAGACUAUCAGUGGCUGAAAUUGGCCAUUUCACCCGUUAUCUUGAAGAUGAAGAUGCUUUCAAGUCCUUGGAUUUCGUAAGAUGUCAUGGAGGACCAAGGAGACCGAGUGCUUUGUGGGCAACAAAUGCUUCUUUAGGAUUUCGAUCUUGAGGUACACUUGAAAAUCCCAAGAACUGUUUUUGAGACUGCAUGAGAGGCUAUUGGAGUAAUUAUGAUGGAAUGUAUAAAUUGGGACUGGUAUGGCUGAACACUUCAACUGUCAUGACGUUAGAACUACUAACAAGAACGAAGCAGGCGACAUGUUUGACUUGUGAUUUUGGUGAUGAGGAGAUUCUAUAAUACAGACAAACACAGUUGUUAUUAGAAUGCUUCGAGUUAUCCGAGGUUCUACACAACUGGAAAAUGAUGACUGAACAAGGAAUGUACACGGCCUCUGCUUCUAUUUUGAGUUCACGUAGUCGCCACAACUACAAUGUAUGUUUGAGUGUAUCUUUGUCAUAGAAAGCGAUGCCUAGGGCCUUGCUUGGUGUUCCUAACCGAGGUUCUCUAUAAUCCUGACGACUUCUAGUCCAUGUUUUGUGUGUUUAUGAGUGUUAAACCUGAAUGUUAAGCAUUGCUUGAGUAAGAAUGAAUGUUUGGAAGGAUGUUUAACUUGGUGACAUAGUCCAUGUAUCAUUUCUAUUAAUUCUAUAGAAAUAUUUCAUGGGAUAUCGGUUGCUUAGGAUAUGAAUUGGAUGAGUCGAAAGACGUUUUGUCGCUUUUGCUCUUAUGAAGGAUAUGUACACUAUUCUACCGUGCAAUAGUUUAACAAGAAGCAAAAAGCGCCAACGUUAUGGUAAAUACCAUAUGUUUGUAUUUGUGUACCUAUACAAUUGACUGUCAACUCGGACAGUGUUAAAUCACAAUAAUGAGAGUCACGAAUGUGUGAAUGAAAUAUUUAGAACUGAGUGCAUAGCAUGCAAUAUGCACAUAAACAGGAUAUAUUUAUCACAACACUAUAACUAAUUUAUUCUUAUUAUCAUUACUAAACAACUAAAACAAAUUCCUGACAGGAGGAUAGCAUGUAUGCAUCAUAUAUCAACGACCUGUACAACUUGUACAGGUACAAUGUAUAAAUCUGUAUUAUAAAUAAACACCCAUUGACUUGCAACUUCGGCAAUGGGAUCAUUCCUGGAGUUACGUCCCCCUUGACCGCUUGGCGCGCUGCGGUACUUGCGAUCCAACAGCCGUCAUAUGCUGAUAUUGGUGUAUGGCAUUUUGCUGGACAUGAAGACAUGUAAAUAUUGAACUGUAAUAUUGUAAAAUUAUGUGAUAUGAUGCGUACAAAUGGAACUGUACAUUGUAUAUAUUUGGUUAGUCAAACCUCACCAUAACGUGGUAUCCUGAGAAACUAUAUAAGAAUGUUCAGAGCUUACAGACCUACAGUGGUGCUGCUACGAUGUGUGGUGAGACGGUGAUAUCGUUGAGGCUGUGGAUACGGUUGCGUGUCCUAUACAUACACGUGUGAUACAAAACAGUAAAUUAUGGAAAAAUUAUUAUAAACUGUGAAUAGCCGAAAGUACAUAAUGUGACGGGCGGUACCGGUCCUUACCCUUUUAGCGAACACCUGGUGUCAUUAGCGAUUUUCAGUGAUCCAAUCACAGUUUCCACAGCUAAUUUUAAAACGAAUUGUUUCUGGAGACUUGGAGUUCGUUUGCAAUGACGUUUACUAUUUGAUUCUUUGUCAAGUAAGUCAGCAUGCGAAUGGCUUCCUGUUCCUGUAUGCAUGUAAAUCUAUUUAUGACAGAUCUCACGAAGAAGCUUCAAAAUAAAGUAUGAUGCUAUA